AUGACAUUACCAAAUAGAUUAAUGUCAACAGAUGAGAUUUUUUAUUUUGUUAGAGCUGCAGAUUGUUAUCAAAAUGUGUCCAUUGCUUAUCGAAUCCUGUUAACUGUUCCUGUUAUGGUAGCAUCUGCUGAAACAAGUUUUUCAAGACUAAACUUACUAAAGAACUAUUCGAGAUCAACUAUGUCACAAGAGAGAUUGAAUGGCUUGGACAUGUGCUGUAUUGAGAAAGAUAUGUUGGGCAACUUUGCUCUUGACACUAUUAUUAGUGAUUUUUCCUCUAAAAAUGCUCGAAGGUGUCGCUUCUCCUGA